GUUGCGUCUUCGGGCAGGUAACGAAAUGUAGGAGAAAGCUGAGGAUGUCGCAAGUCGAAGUGGUAAGCUCGUGGCAUCGGCCAGUUGUGAUCAGUUGGUUAUCGACUUCUCGCGACGUACGCUCAACAUCCAUUGCCAACGUUUCGACUUCAGUACGAGAGUCAAGAUGUUCAAACUCGGGUUAACGCUUCUUACAAUUAGUGUAGGAACCACAUUGAGUAGACCAAGUGAACAGCCGACGAAAUUUGAUUUGGCACUGGCUCAAGAUGCUGUUGCAGAAACUGUCAGUGAUGCCACUAUUUCAACACUACAGCGUGGACAGGAAUUCGUAGAACAGGUUGCCGACGCGAUCAGAUUUGGGAGAGGAAGAUUAGUCCAUUCCGCGACAAUGGCGAGAAACAUCAUUGCCUCAAUGGCGGAGCAAUUCGCCAGCGAAGCUGAGAACAACGUGGCGUCAGCGAUAGCAGCGAAAGGGGAUCUGAUAGCGGAGGGACGCAGCAUACUGGAGUCACUUCCAAAGGACUCUCCAGUCUUCUUCAAUAUCCUUCCGCCGACAGUAAGAGAGACGGUUCGUUUGGAAAGCGAAAAUGGGCAGGGAUUUUUGGAGAAACCGAAAAUGAGCUACAUUGAAGGAGUUUUGGAAAAUUUUUUGAGACCGACGCCACUGGUCGAUGGCAUAAAGGAGAGUGAGAAGUACGGAAAUUCGGGUGACAGGUUCACAGGAAUCGGAAGAGCCAUCGUUGGCGGAUACGAAGGGUUCAGCAACUUCUUGAACGCCGUUGUUGAUUUUCCUGUCGAUGCAGCCAAGAAGACUUCGCGUAAGUUGACAGAAACUCUGAACCAAUUUGGAGCUCGCUUGAUCGGCCUUGCGUAGUACGAAACCAAAUAUAGUUGUUACAUUAUUGUAAUCAAAUGUGUAAAUAAAUCAUUAUUUCUAAUUUAUCACUUUAAUUUCAAUAUAUUUCAGUUUAUAUAAAUCCCAUAAAGGGCAAACUAGUUUGGAGCAUUCGUCCCAAUAUAUGGAUGUAUUUUCUUCUCAGAUAAACACGUUUCAUAAUAUACCGGGAUUUUUCGGUCAAGGAUCUCAACGCGAACGAUGUUUAGACUCUUCGUCGAAAACUCUCGGUACACUUGAUACGAUCUAGGCAGACGGACUUUUCCCCGUAUAACGACGAAAUACAUAUUCAUGUACACUUUCAUAAAUAUAUAUGGCAUUUGAAUUGUUAUCUUCUUGAAAGCAUAAGAAAGUCAGCCCCGGAAACAUUCCUUGCUUGCCACUUCAGGCGGCCAAAUGGGCUAAAUGUUCGUCCGUAAUUUACAUAAAUAGCAAUGUUUUUCGGUAAGCGAACGUAUUGCUGUGGUGUACGGUCGGUAACAGUAGAUUCACUGGAUCGUUGAUGUCGGUAAGCCACCAUUCAAUUUUUGUUGCGGACGAAUCCCUUAAGGGCUGGCUUUCUUUAAUAAAAUAUUGUCAAAGAGACGACUUAAUGGCGACUGUCUUAGAUAAUAAAAAUUUGCGUAAUGAUUGUAGACUUGAACAGCCAUUUCAAUUAUUUUAACAUCUCAUAUCAAAUACCUACGCAUAACUUACCCACAUGGGUCAGCGAUGUCCCAUCGACAUCAAAAUCAGGUUACAGAAGACCAAUAUCAGGUUUCCAAGAAUUGUCAAUUCUCCUAAUUGUCAUUUGUACGUAACUUGCGAAACCAGGAGAUACCUAUCCGACUAUUAUAGAACUAACGAACAUGAUGGUUCUGUAGAUCUGAUGAUAUCUAUUAAUUAAACUUCGCGUUCCAUGUGGGUAUAACAAAUACGAAUUAGUUAUACAAUAGAUAUUACAAAAACCGCAUUCGCAAUACGAUGUAUGUGGAAUGCUGGUAGGUGUAAUCGUAACGUAGUAGUUAACUCGAGUGAAUCACGUAAGAAAUACACGAAAUUUCUUCAAAACAUUUACAAUAAAUACUACAAAAUGAAGCCAGUACUGAUUACAUCAUGCAUUUAGCGAUAGAAUUUGAGUUUUAAAUACGAUUAGAUACGGAAUGGUAUUCGAGCUUUAUGCUAUAAUUACAAAACAAAUUAGGAAACGCGAAAAUUUGUCCACUCUCAGAUUCGACAGAGAAAUUCACGCUUUUUAUCUGCGUUCAAACGUAACACAAUCCGGAGUUAGGCGCC